CCGAAAGGCAUUCUGGGAAUUCCGUUCAAGGCGAACAGAAAAUGGCCGAACUGAGUGCGUGGUGGUCCAUUAUGUAGCAUUUAUGUUGUUGAGCCGAGAACCGUUACAAUACAGUUCCAACGAGGGUCGAGAAAACCAGUUCACUCCAAUCGCUAUAUUCGAAAUCGGCCUUAAAGAGAAAAAUCGAGUGAAAAUGUGCUAAUACGGAGGUAGUUUUGUCAUAUCAGUUUGUAAAUACACACCGUUCGUAUUUCGGCUGUUUUCAUCUCAAAAUAAAACGGUUAACUAUUAUUUACGACUGUUUUACUAGAUGUGAAAGUUGACCGAAAACAACGAAUUAUAAUGUCACAGCAACAAGAUGGUUCUGGGGAUGACUCUGGAUCAGAAAGCGACCAGGAGCGUAGCAACACAAACAAUUCCGAUUCGUCUUCCAACAGCGGAUCUGGUUCAGACAGUGAUUCUGGUUCUUCAUCAUCUUCAUCUAAGAGUUCAGGAAGUGAUUCUGAUUCAAAAUCUAAAAGUCCCAGGCCAACUCCCGAAAGAGAAGGGAAAGAUAUAAAACAGUGCUGGGAGCAGAAUCCUGAUAUUUAUGGAAUUCGAAGAUCUAACAGACAAAGGAAAGAGCCAGAUCGUCUUCUAGCUGGUGACAGUGAUGACAGUGAAAAAUCUAAAAAGAAAUCUAGUUCUUCACCCAAAGACUGGAAUUCAGACACAAGCUAUGAUAGCGAAACUGAUAAAGAAGAUAAAAAACCUCCACCUAGCAAACCACCUGGUAGGCGUCAACCCCCUCGUCCACAAAAAAAUAAACCAAAACCUAGAGCCCGACAACGAGCUUCAUCAGACUCAUCUGAUUCAAGUUAUGAAUCAGAUGAUGACAGCAGCAAGAGAAUUAAAUCACGCCGAGGUAUUUCCUCCGUGAGUUAUAAAGAAGCUUCUGAUGAAGAAAAGACAGAUGACGAUGAAUUAUUGGACCAGCUACCAUCAGAAAUUGAUAUACCACCUGUUCCUGACACUUCCGAAACUAUUGAAAAAGUUCUUGCACAGCGAAUCGGCAAAAAAGGAGUGGUUGGAAAUCAAACCACUAUUUAUGCAGUUGAAGAGAAUGGUGAUCCGAAUCAUGACUGUGAUCCUACUGAUACUGAAACCACAGAAGUACAGUAUUUAAUUAAAUGGAAAGGAUGGUCACACAUCCACAACACAUGGGAAUCAGAGGAAUCACUGAAAGAACAAAAGGUAAAAGGAGUAAAAAAAUUAGAAAAUUUUGUUAAGCGUGAGGAAGAAAUAAGAUUUUGGAAGAAACAUACUACUCCUGAAGAUAUUGAAUAUCAUGAAUGCCAGCUGGAACUGCAGCAAGAAUUACUUAAAAGUUACAACCAUGUUGAAAGAAUAAUAGCAAAAUCAAAAUCUGGAGAUCAAUCUGAAUAUUUCAUUAAGUGGGAAUCUUUACCAUAUUCCGAGGCUACUUGGGAAGAUGCAUCAUUGAUUGAACGAAAAUGGCCUAAAAAAAUCAAAGAGUUCAAAGAAAGAGAAGAAUCAAGAAGGACACCCAGCAAAAUGUGCCGGGUUUUAAAAUCUAGGCCAAAAUUUGUUAAAAUUGAUGAACAGCCUACGUAUAUGGGAGGAGAUCAGGUUCUUGUUCUAAGAGAUUACCAAAUAAGUGGAUUAAAUUGGUUAGUUCACUCUUGGUGUAAAGAAAAUUCAGUGAUACUUGCAGAUGAAAUGGGUCUUGGUAAAACCAUCCAGACUAUAUGUUCGAUAUAUUAUUUAUUCUUUGCCCAUCAGUUAUACGGGCCUUUUUUAAUUGUUGUUCCUCUAUCGACAAUGACUUCAUGGCAAAGAGAAUUUUCUCUGUGGGCACCCGAAAUGAAUGUUGUUACCUAUAUCGGUGAUGUAACAUCACGUGAUGUUAUAAGAAACCACGAAUGGUGCUAUGAAGGAUCAAAAAGACUCAAAUUUAAUGCUAUACUCACAACAUACGAAAUAGUUUUAAAGGAUAAGUCCUUUCUCGGAAGUUUAAGUUGGGCUGUUUUGAUGGUCGAUGAAGCACACAGACUAAAAAAUGAUGAUUCUUUAUUGUACAAAACCUUGAAAGACUUUGACACAAAUCAUCGAUUACUUAUAACAGGCACACCACUGCAAAAUAGUUUAAAAGAACUCUGGGCUUUACUGCACUUUAUUAUGCCCCAAAAGUUUAACAAUUGGGAAGAAUUUGAAAGAGAACAUGACAACUCAGCAAAUAAGGGUUAUACAAAAUUACACAAACAAUUAGAGCCUUAUAUAUUAAGACGAGUUAAAAAAGAUGUGGAAAAAUCUCUUCCUGCUAAAGUCGAACAAAUUUUAAGAGUAGAAAUGACUUCAGUUCAAAAGCAAUAUUAUAGAUGGAUUUUAUCAAAAAAUUAUUCUGCCUUGCGUAAAGGUAUCAAAGGAUCUCCAAGCACAUUUUUAAAUAUCGUAAUAGAACUGAAGAAGUGUUGCAAUCAUGCUUUCCUUAUAAAACCUUCGGAAAAUGAAGCUAAAAAUGAAGAAUCUUUACAGCAACUUUUACGCGGUUCCGGCAAGCUUUUGCUUUUGGACAAAUUGUUAGUUCGGCUAAAAGAAACAGGGCAUAGAGUGCUGAUUUUUUCCCAGAUGGUCAGAAUGUUAGAUAUUAUUGCUGAAUAUCUACAACUGAGACAUUUUCCAUUUCAAAGACUUGAUGGAGGAAUUAAAGGAGAGCUUCGUAAACAAGCACUCGACCAUUUCAAUGCUGAAAACUCGCCAGAUUUUUGCUUCCUUUUGUCAACAAGAGCAGGCGGAUUGGGAAUAAAUUUAGCGACAGCAGAUACUGUGAUAAUAUUCGACUCAGAUUGGAACCCUCAAAAUGACCUUCAAGCUCAGGCCAGAGCACAUAGAAUAGGACAAAAAAAUCAAGUAAAUAUUUAUCGGUUAGUAACAAAAAGUUCUGUAGAAGAAAAUAUUGUCGAAAGAGCAAAACAAAAAAUGGUCCUUGACCACUUGGUCAUUCAAAGAAUGGACACUACUGGUAGAACUGUGCUUGACAAAAAAUCUGGCUCAAACACUACUCCUUUCAAUAAAGAAGAGCUAUCAGCUAUUCUUAAAUUCGGCACUGAAGAACUUUUUAAAGACGAAGAGGAUGGUGAUGAAGAGCCGAUGUGUGAUAUUGAUGAAAUCUUGAGGAGAGCAGAAACAAGAGAUGAAUGCCCUCCUACUGUUGGUGAUGAAUUGCUAUCUGCUUUCAAAGUAGCCAGUUUUGCCUUUGAAGAGGACAAAGAUUCUAAAAGUGAAAUUGAUCAAGCAGAUGACGAUACAAGAGAUUGGGAUGAAAUAAUUCCAGAAACAUAUAGGCAAAAAAUUGAAGAAGAAGAACGAGCUAAAGAAAUGGAAGAUCUGUAUUUACCCCCAAGGAGUCGUAAAACUCUGCAGCAACUCAAUCAUUCUGAAAGUGAUGCUGAUGGUGUUGGUAAAAGAUCAAAAAGGAAAAAAGGCGAGGACAAUGAAUCAACUGAUGAGCAGUCCGACGAAGAAAGACCUCGAAAAAGAGGAAGGCCUAGAGCAACCAACAAAGAUAUCAAAGGAUUUACAGAUUCAGAGGGGUCAAGUGUCUAUACCAGUAUCGUCAGUAGAAGUAGUAGCAGCAGUCCGAUUUCAAGAAAAGUGAGGCGAAGAAAGUCUCGUAGGGUAAGAAAAGUACGCAAAUUUAUUAAAAGUUUCAAGAAGUUUCCUGCCCCUUUGAAGAGAUUGGAAGCCGUGGCUUGUGACGCCGAGCUGCAAGAAAAACCAUUGGCCGAUUUAAGAAAACUUGGCGAAACUCUCAAACAAAGGUGUCGGGCGUGUAUAGGCGACCAAACCAAAGAAAACCUGACAGAUGUAAAUAACGAUGACACGUCAACUGGAACGGUUGGCCGAAAACGUGGACGGGGCCCUUCGCUUAAACUAGGAGGUGUUGCUGUGAACGUCAAGAGUUUAUUGGCUUGCGAAAAAGAAUUAGAACCUUUAGAUAUUGAACUACCUGCUGAUCCUGUUGAACGAAGUAAAUGGGUUUUGGAUGCCAGAGUUAAGCCGGCGAAUUUUGAUUGUCCUUGGGACAUAAACGAUGAUAGUGCCUUGUUAAAAGGAAUUAUGCAGUAUGGCAUGGGCUCUUGGGAAGCAAUUAAAAUGGAUCCUUCCUUAGGUAUAAGUGAUAAAAUAUUGUCAAAUGAAGGCUCAAAACCACAAGUCAAACACUUGACAUCGAGAGCUGAAUAUUUGCUCAAAAUUCUGAGGAAGAAAAUAGAACAAAAGCUAGGAUCUCCUGCUAAAAGUAAGCGUCCAAGAAAAAAAGACCUGAAGGCUGUAUCUAAAGAAAUUAUUGAAGACAAAGAUGAUAGCUCGGGAGCUGAAGGAGCUGUGGUCAUGCAGUCUGAAGACUCUCAUAGUAACAGUAACAAAGGAAGAGAUGAGGAAGUUGAAAACGAUGUCGAAAAAAAGAAACAAAAGAAAAAAGAGAAGGACAAAGAUAAAGAGAAGGAAAUUAAGAAAAAGAAAAAGAACGAUGUAGGCCCAAUGCAUUUCACUGCUAACAGUGAACCAAGAGCUUUAGAUGUUAUCGGUGACUUAGAACCAUCAAUAUUUAAUGAGUGUAAAGAAAAAAUGAGACCCGUUAAGAAAGCGUUGAAAGCAUUAGACAAUCCUGAUCAAACUCUUGGGCCUCAAGAACAAGUGAAUCAUACUAGGCAGUGUCUUGUUCAAAUUGGUGAUCAAAUUAAUAAAUGUCUCGUAGAAUACAAAGAUUUAGAUACAAUUAAAAAAUGGCGAAGCAAUUUAUGGUACUUUGUUUCCAAAUUCACGGAAUAUGAUCCCAAAAAAUUAUAUAAAUUGUAUAAGCAUGCUAUAAAAAAAUUAAAGCCUGAGAAAGAAGAUAAAGAACCUGUCAAACACGAGGGAAAUGGGACACAGAAAAAACGAAAAAGUGAAGAUGAAACAAAUGAUUCUAUUAAAAAAGCUCCUCGCAUUGUAAAUGAGGAUGAUAAAAAAAAUUUAGAAGCAGACCGUAGUAAUAAGACUAAAAGUGAUAUGGGCUCUCAUAGAACUGGGUCUGAUAUCGUUCAUGGUAAUACAGAUCGAUGGCCCAGCAGUCAACAAAGGUAUCCUUCAACAGAUCACAAGCGUGAAAGAGAGAAAUACGAUUAUCAGCGAAAUGCAUACAAAGAGAGGGAAAGGGAUUCUGAUAGAGACAGAGAAAGAGAUCGUGAUCGAGAAAGGGACAGAAAUAGCCGAGAUAGGACAUCAGAUAACAGAAGAUACAGAAGUUCACAACCGCAAGGUAAUUAUGGAAGUGGACCUUGCUCUCCUUUUCCCUAUGAAAAUGUCUAUCAACGUGACAGAUAUCCUCCAAAUUCAACUGGCUUUCAUGACACAUGGCGAAGAGAUAACAAAGAUUACAGAAGGGACAGAUAUUCUCAUCCCACUAACUCCUAGUCAUUUAGGAUCUUCGUUUUAUUUCUAAUACAAAAUUUGCUAACCACUUUUCCUUCUUGUGAGAGUAAUAUAAUUAUCAUAUUUGAAAGACAUUUUGCUCAUAUCACAGUACUUUGAGACAUUUUAUUGGAGGUAAAUGCGUUUAUACCUUACUCUUAUAAUAUCCUUCAGAAAGUAUAAGGUUUUAACAAGUUUUUGAGAUUUGAAGUUUGCAUUUAUAACUGUAAUAAUUUUUUUUUUUAAUUUAAUUUUUUUUAUUUUAUAAAACUUGUUUUAGUACCUGUUACUAUAUCUGAUUUUU